AAGUCACAAGAAUCUAUGUUAUAUCCACCACACAACCAAGAAAGCAGAUACAGCUUUCCUUCAGACCCACUGACAAUGGAGAAAGAUCACAAACCAAGCAACGCCGAGCUCCUCUCUAGCGCUAAGUUGGUGGCCGACGCGGCGAAGUCCGCACUCAACAACAAAAGAGACAAGGUCGAGAAGGGGAAGGUUGCGGGGGCCGCUGCUGAUCUUUUGGGUGCAGCCCAAGACUAUGGCAAGCUGGAUAAGAAUACGGACGUCGGCCAAUAUGUUGAGAAGGCUGAGAGUUACCUGCACAAGUACCAGACUUCCCAUCAAUCGGCUCCGGCCACUGAGCCAGAGACACAUGCAACCGGUGACAGUGAAAAAGGGAAAGGGUCUGCCGGAGGUGUUGGGGAUUACAUGAAGAUGGCUCAAGGUUUCUUCGGCAAAUAAAAUUAUACAACUUGUUCUUGCAUGAUAAACUUUGCUUUCACGUGUAUGUGUAAUAUGCAGUGCUAAUCCCAAUCUGUGUGAUAUUUUUAUUUAAGUUAUUGCGAAACCUAUUGUUGCUCAA